AUCUUGGUGUAUCUUGCAGCAUGCUCGAGAAGGCGGCGACGGCGAAGCGGUGGGUCCUCGUGCUCUCCAGCUUGCUGGUGGUGGGUCUGAGCUACUGCUACGAUAACCCAGGUGCGAUGAAGUCGCAGCUGCAGCAGCACUUUCACCGCAUCCCAAAGUCCAAGUACGAGCUGUUCUUUAAUUUGACGUACAGCCUGUACUCGGUGCCGAACAUGGUGCUGCCACUCUUUGGCGGAGUCUUGAUCGAUCGCGUGGGUGUGCAGACCAUGACGAUGGUCGUCGCAAGCCUCGUGCUCGUGGGCCAAGUGAUCGUUGCUCUCGGGUGUGCUGCGCACAACUUUGACGUCAUUCUCGUCGGGCGCAUCGUGUUUGGACUUGGUGGGGAGACCAUGGGCGUCGCACAAACCAAGUUUCUCGUCACUUGGUUCGACAUGUCUGAGCUCGCGUUUGUGUUUGGGCUGAGCAACAGCUUCUCUACGUUUGCCACCGUGCUCAACUACAAGUGGAGCCCGUGGAUAGCCGACCAUUAUCAAGUGACCACGGCUCUGUGGGUUGGCGCCGGCGUAUGCGGUCUGUCGUUCAUGGCGGCGCUCUUGUUGAUCCAAAUCGACAAGAAAAUGCACACGACGUCCGAGAAAUCGGACAAAGCAUCCCUGCGUGACCUCAAACUGUUUGGGUGGCUCUACUGGCUCCUGGCUCUGCAAGCUCUGGUGAGUAGCUGCGCAAUGAGCUUCAACAACACGGCCACCAGCGUCUUCCUCGAGCGCGAUUACUUCCAGCAGCCCCCACCGCUGUGCCAGCGCUGCGGUCUUGGCUACUACACAACAUACUGUGACGCGAUUUCGCCCCACUGCCCCGCCGUGCCCCCGUUUGCGUGGCCUCUGCCGCUUCUGUCCAAGAACUGCUCGAUCGCGACGGCCUUUGACCAGUUCCGGUGCUCCAAGUCCCCGCCCUACAUCCAGGACGAAGACAUCAACUGCGACGACCUGGCGUGGCGAGAAGGUCCGUUUACGCACAAAUACUGCGCCACGAAAAGUUUGGCGGCCGAGACAGCGACGAGUGCUUUGAGCUACAACCCGAUGGUUCAAACGGGGCUCGCUCCUUUGGCCGGACGGCUCGUCGACUUGUUUGGGCGGCGACCCGUUGUGAGCCUCAUCGCUGAGAUCGGCAUCGUUGUCGCUCAUGCCGCCAUCAACUACUCCCACGUCGUUGUGACGGCGCCACUGCUCUUGCUCGGGGUCGGCCAGUGUUUUUUCGUUUCCAGCAUGUCGUCGUCGUUUCCCUUGGUUGUGCCGCCGCGAGCGAUUGGGACUGCCUACGGCCUCCUGGCCAUCGUUGGGAACAUGGGCUCGGCCGUGACGCCGCUGGUCGUCGCGGCGCUCUACGGCCAUUACGACCGAUACAUCCCCCAUGUCCAAGUUUUGUUUGUGGUUUUUAGCGUCACCAACGCCGUGCUCGGCGUCGGGCUUGUUGCGAUGGACAAGGCUCACGAUGGCGUGCUCAGUCGCCACCCCCUGCCGGAUCCUGGGGAUGGAGGCCACAAGGAGCCGCUCAUGGACGCACUCUCGUAGAUGGCGACACCUGUUGUGUCCUGUACGAGCAGACGAAUACAUUGGCUCUCGCUACACGUUCAUCAGCAUGCAGGCCAUCCUGCACACGCCAUCCUAUGGUUUGUAGUUGAAUUCUUUGGC